AUGGGGAAAAAAGAUAAGAAAAAGGUUGAACCAGAACCACAAGAUGUGGAGGUCCAAGAAGAAUUGGUGGUCACAACAGAACUCGAGCCGGAACCAGAGGAAGUACAGUACACCGACACUUCUUACACCAGCGCGUCAUUUGAAAGUCUCCCGCCCGUUGUUGAAGAAAUAAAGCCCAAAAAGAAGAAGGGAAAGAAGAAGGCCGAGGAGGUAGUAGAGGUUGUACGUAAAACGAGCAGCGAACAAUUUCAGUGGUCUGAAGAAUCACUUGUAGGUGGUAAGUAUUUAUAUUUAAGCUCUGGAAAAGAGGAAAAUUUUUCUGGAAAUAAAUUCUUAAGACAGGAGCAGCAAAAAGUCGAAGAAGAACAAGUCGAAACGAAGAAAAAGAAGGGUAAAAAAGGCAAGAAAGAGAAGGAGGUUGAAGAAAUUCCUGCCUUUGAAAAGCCAAAAAAUUGGAAAAGCAUGAAUAAGAAGGAUAGGGAAGCCUGGCUCCUACAGAGGAUUGAGGAAUGGAGGGCGGAGAAGGAGGCUGAGAAGCAAGCCAUACUAGCUGGAGCAAAGGAGAAGAGAUUAGCCCUGGCGAGAGAAAGAGCAGAGCUGAUGGCCAAAGAUAACGCCGAACAGGAGAUACGACGAGACAUACUGGCAAAAACUUGCGCAUUGUUUCACAAGUUUGAUAAUCAGAAAAUUGACUAUGCCAGAAAAAAGCAACUCGAAGCCGAGUGGCAACAGUAUUUGCGCUGUGAUGGUCUACCGGACCCCAGGGUGGUGACGCAGAUGAACACCUACAUUCAUCUGUGGCAGGAGAAAGGAGUCUGCGAUGAUAACGAGCUCGAUGUUCGAUGCAGGGACGCUCUGCCGAUGUUGGCAAUGCUGGAGGAGUUUGUAGCAAAUUCACGACAGUAUACUGCGCUGCAAGCACAGUCAUAUAAUGAGGUGCGUCUUGCUUUACGAGAGCAACUAUCGCACGCCAUCCAAUGUGCCUCGUACACCCUGCUCCGAGACCUGGAACAUCGCCUGGUGUGGGACUCGAUACAGCUGGCGACUUAUGGAAGGGAGUUUAAUGGGUUGAGACUGAAUAUAUGGGUGGCUAUACCAUUGCCUACGAGAAAACCUAAACCGAUUGAACCAGAACCCGAACCCGUGGAACUGUCUUUUCCAGCUAUGAAAGUGGGUGUGAAGUUGCCUAAGAUUAUAGACGGAUCCAAUGUAUGUGUACGCGCAGCUAGAUCAAUGAUAGAUCUAUUGAGUGAAAGUUCUAGAUCUUUCGCUUUAGCUGCUGAUAUGCCCAACAGAUAUGAAGAUUUAUUCAUCUUCAACGUUAAGGAACAUAUAGAUACGUACAAGCUAAAGAAAGAACAAGAUACAAUAAGAACCGCAUUUUACAAAGAGAUCAAAGAGAAGAUAAAUGAAGUGGAGAAGUUUUUGAAAGCGAACCCAUACACUAAGAAUGAGAAGGAGAAAGAGGAACUGGACAACCUCAAUAUGGCGGAGCCGCCAUUUUUACCAGACCCUAGAACGUAUAUCGCUGAACAAAACGAGGUCCACUUUGCGAAAUAUCUUAAAACCUGCAUGACGCGGACGAGGACAGGAGAAAUGAAUUUGAGGAAAUAUAGGUUUGCUUGCUUAACAAUUUUGUCAGGUAAAAGCACAGAAUACCUAACAAACCAGAAGGACAUGAUCGCAAUUGUACUGUCCGAAACUGGGUCAUAA